AGCGAAACCAUGGAUCAUUCUCAGCAUCAUCAUGUUCACAAGGGAACCAUUGGUAACACUGCGGUCGCUCAAACAAAAUCGUCAGAUCAUAUGAUGAUGAACCACGCAAUGUCCUUCCACUUUGGCACUGAAGAAACUAUUCUUUUCGACUUCUGGAAAACUGAAACUGCUGUUGGAAUUGCUGUUGCAUGCUUUAUCACUGUACUUCUCGCGUUUUUGAUGGAAACUCUCAGAUUCUUCAGGGAUUAUCGAAAAGCGCAGACUCAACUCCACCAACCUCCAAUUUCUCCAGAAGACCGUCUUAAGAGAUCCCCUCAAUUGGACCUGAUCGAUCCUCUUCUUCAACUUUUCCAGCUGACAAUUGCCUAUUUCCUUAUGUUAAUUUUCAUGACAUUCAAUGCCUAUCUCUGUUUCUUCACCGUUGUAGGAGAAGUAGUAUGCCAUUUGCUUUAUCGUACACUCUACCCAAAUUUGAAUUCUUCUUCCGCUGGCCACUGCUAGAAAACUUAUAACAUGAGUCAAUACUUGUCUGUACAUAAACUUUAAAAUCUAAAAUUUAUUUAACUAAUCAAUUUUGUAAAUUUUUGCUGUAUCACUGUAUCACAUUCCGCGAUAAUUUUGACAACUGAUGAUGAAAUUUUCCAAAGAACG